AUGUCUACUGCUCCAGUUAUCCCAAACUUCACUGUUACUGACUACUCCAAGUUCGCCUUGGCCGGUGCCAUCGGUUGUGGUAUCACCCACGGUUCCAUGACCCCUGUCGAUGUGGUCAAGACCAGAAUCCAGUUGGAACCAACGGUCUACAACAGCGGUAUGUUUGGCUCCUUCAAGAAGAUCAUCUCUGAAGAAGGUGCCGGCGCCUUGUUGACCGGUUUGGGUCCUACCGUCCUGGGUUACUCCAUCCAGGGUGCCUUCAAGUUCGGUGGUUACGAGUUGUUCAAGAAGGUCUUCAUUGACAGCUUGGGUUACGAAACCGCCUCCAACUACAAGGACGCUGUCUACAUCGGUUCCGCUGCUAUUGCCGAAUUCUUUGCUGAUAUCGCCUUGUGCCCAUUAGAGGCCACCAGAAUCAGAUUGGUCUCCCAGCCAACCUUCGCCAACGGUUUGAUCGGCGGUUUCUCCAGAAUCCUCAAGGAGGAAGGUGUCGGCUCCUUCUACGCCGGUUUCACCCCAAUCUUGUUCAAGCAAAUUCCUUACAACAUCGCCAAGUUCUUGACCUACGAAAGAGCCGCAGAAAAGAUCUACGACCUCGUUGCCACUCCAAAGGACCAAUUGUCUUCUCUUGCUGUCACCAGUAUUAACUUAGGAGCCGGUGUCAUUGCCGGUUGUAUGGCUGCCUUUGUCUCCCAACCUGCCGACACCUUGUUGUCCAAGGUCAACAAGACCAAGAAGGCUCCUGGUCAAUCCACCGUCGGUUUGUUGUUCCAAUUGGCUAAGGAAUUGGGUGUCCUCGGCUCCUUCGCUGGUUUGCCAACAAGAUUGGUCAUGGUUGGUACUCUUACCUCCUUGCAAUUCGCCUUGUACGGUUCCAUCAAGGGUUACUUGGGCUGUCCUCCAGUCGUCUCCUUAGGCGGUGCUUCCCAUUAA